CAUUCACAAAAAUGAGUGAAAGUGAAACGUUAGCAAAUUCACCAAGAAAAGUUUUUUGUUUGUUGGAUAAUUAAUCAACCUACUUGUUACUGGUGAUGACAAUUAACUGUGACUUUUUUGUAGAACAAUUUUGUCCACAUAUGUUUAUUGAAUAAAAUCUCAUCAAUCAACGAUAAUCAAUUUGGUCAAUCAACUGAUUGAGUAAAAACUUUCUGAUUACAUUGAAAGUGUUUUCCAUUUGUUGUUUUGUUUUCGUUUCCAAUUGUUGCUCAUCAAAAUGUCUAAUCCUAAAAGUAUUGGUGAGAUUAUCGGUGAUUGGGGACGUUGGCAAACUAAUGUAUUCAUGUUUGUUAUCGUUAAUUAUAUUCUACAAUCGUACAACAGUAUGUCCUAUUCAUUUUAUGCUCCAACAACUAAAUUCUGGUGUGCUGAUUAUCCUUCAUCUCAGAAUGAAACAUUAACUGCUACUCAAAAAUGUAACCAAUUUGCUGAUUGUAAGAAGUGGGUAUUUGAUGAUACCUUUGAUUCAACAAUCAUCUCAGAGUGGAACCUCAUUUGCAAUAGAGCUUGGUUAUCAUCUUUAACUCAGACUGUUUUCAUGAUUGGUUAUAUUCCAAGUGGACUGAUUCUCGCUUUAAUUGCUGACAGAAUUGGACGAAAACCUAUUCUUUGGUCAAGUUUUGCAUUAGAAAUUUUCUCUGGAAUAUCUUGUAUUUUCUCAUUUUCUAUUUGGCAAUUCAUCAUAUCGAGAUUAUUACUUGGAAUCGCUGUUUGUAUUCGAGGCAAUGUACUUUUCGCUCUAUUCUUUGAAUCCUGUGGUAAAAAGUAUCGAGGUGAUGCUGGGAUUUUACUCACCGGUGGUUGGAUUAUCGGAUUUAUUUGUCUUCCUGGAAUAGCUUAUUAUAUACGAGAUUUCAGAAUUCUUCAAGCAUUUGCUACUCUAUCAGUUCUUGGAUUGGUUAUUUGGUCAUUUUUCAUCGACGAAUCAAUAAGAUGGCAGAUAACUCACCAGCAAGAAGAGGAAGCGGAAAAAACCAUGAUGAAAGCAUAUCAAAUGAAUAGAAAGACAAACAUAAUUGAGGAUCGAAUCAGGGAGAAAAUGUAUUCGAUUCGUGAAUCAAUUAAAGAAGAGGCCAAAGAAGAGGAAAUUUCAAAGAAUCAAAAGCCAAGUUGCCUCGAUCUACUUCGAACUCCUCGAAUCCGGUUAUAUACUCUCAUCUUUUGGAUCGCAUUUCCGAUCAACUCGUUCAUCUAUUAUGGUAUUUCCUUCAGUGUCGGCGGUUUCCAGGGGAAUUUGUACCUUAACUUUGUGAUCGCUGGUCUUGUUGAAAUUCCGGGAAUGAUAUUCACGCUGCUUGUUUGUCGUUAUUCGGGUCGGCGUUUAUUUACCUCAUACAAUAUGAUCCUUUGUGGGCUGACCUGCUUAUGCGGACUAAUCCCGAUCAGUUCGAUGCCCAAUUUAUCAACAAUUUUAACUUUUCUCGCUAAAUUUUUCAUCACCAAUUCUUAUAAUGUUAUCAUCAUACAACAGAAUGAAAUUUUCCCAACUGUACUUCGCACCGCCGCUGGAGGUUCAAUUACAGUCGCAUCAAGAUUUGGUGCAAUGACUGCUCCAUUUGCCACACAAUUGAUUAAUCGGUUUGGUGUUAAUUUUAUCUUAAUUGUUUGGGCUUCCAUGGCAUUAGUUGGAGGAAUUAUAACUUUCUUUCUUCCGGAAACUAAAUCAAUCGAUAUACCGGAUACAAUUAAAGGAACUGAAAAAAUUGGAUUAGAUGAUAAAUGUUAAAUAAGAAGACAAUCUAAUCAAUCUAAACAAUUACUCUUAAUCGUUCACAAUUUUAAUUGUAAUCAUUGAUUGUUAACUCUCUGUACACUUACACAUAAGCAAUCAGUCUUAACAUUUUUUUUUAUCUAAAUCAAUCUGACUCAAUUAAUGAUAAUCUAAAUUGUUGUGCUCCCAAAUUGUCAACAAUCAUCACUAAUUUUAAUCACAUUCAUCUUGUAAAUUAAUCAUAAUAUCAGCAAAUCAAUAUUUUAUUAUUAAUUAUGAUGAAAAUCAGAAUCAAUGUCUUGAUCAUUUUUCUUUGAUAUAAUUACUAUUUAAUUAAAGAUUCACAGAUAAUAUUAAUAAA